GGGACGAAAACUUAGAUCAAGUAACUUCGCCGCAGUAAAACUUCAGUAACUCUGUGUGCGGCAUUAAUGCUUGAAGUUAUAAAGUUUUACUCGCAUUGAUUAUUGAAGUUACUAGUUUGCGUGGACAUAUUUAAGGAUUGUUAUCUCUGUUGGAUAUUUGUUUUGUUUAAAAUAUGGGAGAAACACCUAAUAACAAUGCACAAAACUCCGCUGACUAUUUAGCGCAGCUACUUAAGGAUAAAAAACAACUUGCAGCUUUUCCUAAUGUAUUUUUACACAUAGAAAGACUUCUGGACGAUGAAAUCAACAAAGUGAGAAACAAUUUGUUCCAAGUUAAUGGGUGCAAGAAAGAACCUUUGAUUCUGCCCGAGGCUGAAGGGCCUAUCAAGUCACGUUCAGAAAAGGUUUAUGUGCCAGUCAAAGACCAUCCUGAUUACAAUUUUGUGGGGAGAAUUCUUGGCCCUCGAGGUAUGACAGCCAAACAACUUGAGCAAGAAACUGGCUGUAAAAUCAUGGUCAGAGGAAAAGGAUCAAUGAGGGAUAAAAAGAAGGAAGAACAGAAUAGAGGUAAACCUAAUUGGGAACAUUUAAAUGAUGAGCUGCAUGUACUCAUUACUUGUGAGGAUACUGAGGAAAGAGCAACUGUGAAAUUAGCUAGAGCAGUUGAAGAAAUUAAGAAGCUACUUAUACCUGUGACUGAAGGUGAAGAUGAAUUAAAGAAAAGGCAGCUUAUGGAAUUGGCAAUUAUUAAUGGCACUUACAGGGAAACCUCCGGAAAAAAUAACAAUAUUUACAUGUUGCUGACAGAACCUGAAACAACGAGACUUCUUGCUCCGCCCAUGACCAUUUCUAAUCCUUUGCGUACAGCGGGAACUCCAUUGGGUGCCCCAUUGAUACUCUCAUCCCGUUUGCAAGUUCCCACGACAGCUACUUUGUUGAAUGGCAUUAAUGGAAGUGCUCCGCCUCCAUUGAUAUCCCCAGCUGACGCUGGCUUACUCUAUGCUUAUGGAGAUUAUCAGCACUACCUGACAUCACCUCUACUUGCAGAGUAUCCUCAUACAGAUUCAUCCACUGGUGGCGUUGUUAAGCAGAGGAGAAAUUUGGGUUUGCGAGAGCACCCUUAUCAGAGAUCUGGGUCGCUUACUUAACUUCUCCAAGCCUUUGAAACUCCACACCACAUCACCACCUGAACUGCAAGAGUACUAACCCACCCACCUGUGAAAAUACCAGCUGAUGAUGCAGGUCUCAGCCUGGCUUCUAUCACAUGCUCCUAUUCGGUUGUGAAGGGCAGUCGUAUUACACUAGUAGUGCACUCUUUUCCCUCUCUGUUGCAUUGCAAGGAUAAUCAACUAACCAACUUUCCUGCUGUGAUCAGUGUUUUCACAGAUCCAAGUGAAAGUGAUCAGGUGAUUUUUCAACUGAACAAAGUCUGCGAAUUGUUAUACUUAACACUUAAUGCUGCUUUUUAUGUUAGUGUCUUCAUUUUUCUUACCUUGCACCACUUUUUUUGGACACCUGUACCAUUUUGCAUGAAGGAUUGUUUUUAACAUUUCUUGUAUUAAAUUGUUUUGUGUUCUGAAAGACAAUUGAUCUUCUUCUGAUUGUUUUAACAAAAAUUGAGUAAUUAACAAGAUAUUUUAAAUUUUUUUCAAAGAUGUAUAGUCUAUAAUGAUAUUGAAAUUUGCUUUAUCAAUCUUAUUUGCAAAUUCAGUUGAAAAUUUCGAUUGUCUUUCUAAAUUUUUUGUCAUUAGUAUUUGCAGCUUUUUAUUGCUUAAAAUAUUUAUCAAACCUAAUCAGGUUUUUGAGAGGGGAACAUUCCAUGUGUUUAGAGCUCUAAAGGGGAUUUUUUCCCUUCUUGGAGUUGGUAGCUUUUUUUUUGUUAAUUGUCUCCCAAUUUAGAUUUGUAAAAAUAUUUAAAUAUUAUAAAAUAGUAUACAUUCAAUUAAAAUGUUACAUGGCUUGAAAAAAAAAUAUUUUUAUCUUUGGAAAUGUUCAAUUGCUUCUUCCUGUUAUAUAAUGAUAGAAAUCUACUUAAAACAAUUUCGGAAUAUUCUUUGGACUAUAGAUAUUAUAAUGUACUUAUGAAUCUUUUUUUACAAGCAAUGUUGGAGUUUUUCAUUUAAUGACAAGUACUUUUGAUAAUGUUUACAUUGCAUUUUUCUAUCUUAAAUUGUCUUUCCUUACUUAAUAUAAAUAUAAAUGUAAAGUCUUGGAAAAUGAAUUGCAGCUGUUAGCUGAUUACUACUUAUCUUGCAUAUCUUGUAAAAACAUUUGUAAAAUGCCUGCAUACUUAAAAUGACAAAAUGAGCUUUAUACAGGUUUAAGAUUAUUUUUUUUUAAUUCACUUAAAAAUAUUAUCAAGUUAAAAAAAAUACAAAUGUUGAGUUAUUUUUCAAGCCAUGAAAAUUUUUUGUCCAUUAGAAUAACAGCAUACACGAAGUAGUGUUUUUUGUUAUUAGCUUAACAUUGACCACUGAAUUAUUUAAUUUUAAAAAUAUUUACUAUUGCUUUCAUAUUACUUAGAAGCAAGUUGUGUGGGUUAGAACUUUGUAAAGUGUGUGUGGAUGCAUUUUUUGAGCAGCUGCUGUACUUAGUUCAUGCGAGUGCAUUUACUACUUAAUAUUGUACAUUUUUUUUACUGUUUUGUAAAGUAGGUUACUUUGUAUCUACAAUGAUAUACUUAAGUUUUCCCUUCAGUUGUAUUUGUUUUCAUUGUAAUAUUUUGAACAAUGUCUAAAAUUAAAUAAUGUAUCAUCUGCAUGUUUUCAUAUACUCAGAUUUUUUUUUUUUUUGUUUCAAGUUUUAUUUAGAAAGCCAGUAACUGUAUUUCUUUAACUCUUGUUUUAUAGUGUGCAAUACAAAUUCUUUUUUCUGCAAAAUGUGCAUACUAUUAUUUUGAUAAUUUUACUGUAACUUUCACAAAACCUGCCUUCAAUGUGCCUUAUUGUUCAUUGUCCUGAGAUAAAGAACUUAAAACUUAUUGUUGAUUUUGAGAAAGAUAGUUAAGACCAUGUGUAUGCUGCACUGCCUAUAUGUCAGAGAAUCUCAGUUUGAUCUUUAUCUAUUUUAUUGUACUUAAAUUUCUGUUUUACUUUUCUAUGAUAUAGAAUUGCAUUUUGUGGUUGUGUGGUGAUGUUUUGAUGAACAUGUAUCAUUUUCAUUUGUCAGGAAGUGCCAAAAUAUGUUCAUUAAUUUUAAGAUGUUCAUCAUAUUUAUAUUUUCAAUGGCCAUAAAUGCAGAUACUCCAUCCAGUCUAUUCAGCUAUCUUUUUAACGUGUUUCAGUGUCACAUUUUCUCCUCCUUUACCCUUUGUUAACUUUGAUAGAGCUUAUGGUGUGUAAGAAUUGGAUUUCUUUUUAAGGCCUCAUAACUCAAAUUUUUAAGAAAUCUGCUGAACAAAAAUUGAUUUUUUUUAUAUCGGAUUUUAUUUUUUCCAAAUUUUUCUUUCAAAAAUUUUAAAAACUUGUCUGCGUUGUGACCAAAAUCAAUAUCGAACUUUUGCAUUUUUUGCUGAUGAAUGAAACAUUUUAGAAUCUCAUUUAGAAACGUGUUAUUUGUGGUGCUAAAUGUUCAUGAAAGCCAUAUCCAUGUGACAUUUUGUAAAAAUAUAUGUGAAGAUUUUUAUACAGUUGGCUUUUUCAUCGACGGGUGCUGGCUUCUGUAAACAUCAUGGGAGCAAGAUGCUCUCCACAUUACAUCAAGCAGAUACUUGAACGAUUUGUUAUGAUGGAAUUUAUCCUGAAGUAGUUAUACCACUGUUGUUGAAUGUUUUAUGUACUUAAAUUGUUUCCAUAGCAAUAAAGUUCAAUUUCUGUAUAAAA